AUGGUUCAGGUCUACUGCGAGGCGUACUGCAGGCGGCACCAUGCCCGGCGGCUGUCCGCGGCCAAUGCGGUGCUCGUGGGUGGCCACGCCGCCGCGCUGGCCCUGGCGUGCCUGCUGGCCCACGCGAGCGGGGGCCUUUGGGACGCGACCAGGACGCGCGUGGAGCAGCCGCGGGUGGCUUUCGCGUAUGACGCGCUGCUCGUGAUGGAGGGGAGCACAGCUGGCAGCGAAAAGGUGUGGAGUUCAUUCCCUGGGAUCAGGAGUACAUUGGGCUCGAAACUUGUGGCCGCUCAUAUGCAGGCUUCGGAGCACGACAACAACUUCGACGGGAUCACCGAUCAGAUCACAGUCGACUUGCUGGCCAAAGGCGUCGGCGAUGUGCACUCCCUGAAGCUGCUUCUCCAGUUCGAUUAUCGCUUGGAGGUGUGUGCAACACGUCGGUCCUGCAACCAUACUGUUCGUGCAGCUCGCAGCAGUCCGGGGUCGGCUUGCAGCCGCACACCCGUCACGUGGUUUCCCUGUGCACCUGCAUUCCACCUGCGCCCCAAUGGUGAGCCCGUGGUGCCAGACGACCCGAACUGA